AUGGGAGCCAUAAGAGAUUUGACUUCUCACAUUUGGGGUAACAUAGGAGAUGACUCUAACAACAGUUUGGUUUGCUCAAAAAAAGAAAAACAACAGUUCGUCUGGCUUAAGCGCAUAUUCGUAUCCCACCGUCGUCCUCUUCUUUCCCCGUCUCUGAACCACUCUAAGGACGAGCUGAAGGAAUCUGAAAAGGCAAAAGUUAUAGAGAAAUGGCGACGGAUUACAAUAGAGCUGACGAUCUCUUAUUUUUGCAACAACAAGAGUCUACCUCUGGAGCAAACAAAUACGGAGGACUUGUGCCCAAAAAAAAACCUCUUAUCUCGAAGGAUCACAAACGUGCUUUCUUUGAUUCAGCAGAUUGGGCUUUACACAAGGUUUUUACAGCAAAAAAUCGGAUUGGAUAAACUCCUCAUUCUAAGGCAAUUCAUUGAAGUUUUGAUAGUUGGUAUCCGGAAGAGUAACAAGCAUCUGAGAUCCAAACACCAUCUCCUCUUUACACUGCAAAAGUUUCAAAG